ACCCAAGCCCAAUCUUCACCUUGUUGGCUGCACUGUUAUUUCAGUUGCAACAAACCCUAAUCUCAAUUCUUCUCGUCCCUUUCUCUCUCUGCAAUGGCGAAGAAGAAAGAGAGAAGCGUUAACGUCUCUGGAAAACCAAAGCACUCCAACGACGCUAACCGUAGCAAUGACUCCAAGACCGAGAAGCGGUCCGCCGCCACAGUUCGCCGUCUCAAGAUGUACAAAAACAGACCUGUUCGUAACAAGAAGGGCCAUAUCCAAUCCCACGAGUAUCAGAAUAAAGAUCUUCCCAAUACACGAAUUAAACCCGAUCGUAAUUGGUUCGGGAAUACUCGUGUUGUGAAUCAGAAAGAGCUUGAGUUUUUUAGAGAAGAAAUGGCUAAGCAUAAUUCGAGUACUUUUAAUGUUAUUCUUAAGGGGAAGAAUUUGCCAAUGUCGCUUCUCAAGGAUUACCAGAAGCAAUCUAGGGUUCAUCUACUUGAUAGAGAGCCUUUUUCGGAUGCAUUUGGACCUAAGACUAAACGAAAGAGACCGAGCCUUUUGGCUUCUGAUUAUGAGUCUUUAGCUAAGAAAGCUGAUGGUUCUCAAGAUGCUUUUGAAGAGAAGUAUGCUUCUUUUGGUGCGGCUGCAGAAGCUAAUGAAGCAGAUGGAUUUAGAGAUUUAGUGCGACAUACCAUGUUUGAAAAGGGUCAAAGCAAACGUAUAUGGGGUGAACUCUACAAAGUGAUAGAUUCUUCAGAUGUUGUUGUCCAGGUUAUAGAUGCAAGGGAUCCACAAGGCACAAGAUGUUACCAUUUAGAAAAACAUUUGAAAGAAAGUUGCAAGCAUAAACACAUGGUGCUUUUAUUGAACAAGUGUGAUUUAAUUCCUGCUUGGGCAACAAAAGGAUGGCUUAGAGUUUUGUCAAAAGAAUAUCCAACUCUGGCAUUCCAUGCAAGCAUUAACAAGUCCUUUGGAAAGGGUUCACUUCUAUCUGUUCUGAGACAAUUUGCAAGAUUGAAAAGCGAUAAGCAAGCAAUAUCUGUUGGUUUCGUUGGAUAUCCAAAUGUUGGGAAGUCAUCAGUGAUCAAUACAUUACGUACUAAGAAUGUUUGCAAGGUUGCUCCAAUUCCAGGGGAAACAAAAGUCUGGCAGUAUAUAACCCUUACAAAGAGGAUCUUUUUGAUUGAUUGUCCAGGAGUUGUCUAUCAGAACAAUGACUCUGAAACAGAUGUUGUGCUGAAGGGUGUGGUACGUGUAACAAACUUGAAAGAUGCUGCUGACCAUAUUGGCGAGGUUUUGAAACGUGUGAAGAAGGAGCACUUGACAAGAGCUUAUAAAAUAAAAGACUGGGUUGAUGAAAAUGACUUCCUACUUCAGCUUUGCAAAUCAUCUGGCAAACUCCUUAAGGGUGGUGAGCCUGACCUUAUGACUGCAGCAAAGAUGAUACUUCAUGACUGGCAGAGGGGCAAAAUUCCCUUUUUUGUUCCUCCUCCACGGCAGGAUGCCUUGUCCGAGUCCGAGGAGACUAAUGUUAAUGGCAUAGAUGUUGAUGAGACAGUUGAUCCCAACCAGGCAUCUGCUGCAAUUAAAGCUAUUGCAAAUGUUCUUUCGUCCCAGCAGCAAAGAAAUGUACCAGUUCAAGGGGAUCUAUAUAAUGAGAAUGAAUUGAAGGGAGAAUCUACUGAUCAACUUCCAAACACUGGGGAUUACACAGAUGAAGAAGAUAGUGAAGCGUCUGAGCAGGAUCCAUCUGAACAGGACCCAUCUACUGAUGUUCCAUCUGAGCAGCUUAUUUCUGCCGCCGGUCCCAACAAGUGAGUCAUGAGUUUCGGUGGCAGGUUUAGCUGUUAGGGUUUACGGUUAGGUCGCAUCUUCUUUAACAAAGGUCAUCUCCAUUUUCAGACUUUAUUUAUCUCACAAAUACAAUUAUCAAAUGCAUCAAUUUUGCUUUUGGGAAUUCUGUUCUGGUAAUAUAAAUUAAGCUUCAGUGAUUGAUGGUUAUCACUUGUCAACUGAUCUUUGGAUGCAGAGAGGAUUUUGAUUUGUUGAGCAUAGUUUAUUAUAUAGUUUGCCGAAUGGAUAUUUUGUUUUAUUUAUUUGUAAUAUUUACCAUUCUAAGUUUUUUUUGGCUAUCAAUCAAUAUAUUAUGAGAGUUUAGUGAAGUUUGAAUUUAGUGUUUGUAUAGCACUAGGCUGUGAUAUGCUUGUUUAAAUUAAAUCUCUUCCCGUGAUGAUUGGAGUUGGACUUGGUAAAACGGAUCACAGUUAUUUGUUGAACUUGUGAUUUCUCUUUGUAAAGUUUUUAAAGUUGAUCUCAAAUGAGACCUUUGUUUUAAGUCAAUUAAGUA